AUGGUGGUUAAAGUGUAUGGUCCAGCUUAUGCUGCUUGCCCACAAAGGGUCUUAACGUGCCUUGUCGAGUUGGGGGUCGAGUUUGAACUUGUAUCGAUCGAUCUUGAAUCUGGCGAGCAAAAGAGUCCCAAGUUUUUGCUUCGACAGCCGUUUGGACAGGUUCCUGCCAUUGAGGAUGGAGAUUUCAGACUUUUUGAAUCUAGGGCAAUUAUCCGAUACUACGCAGCGAAAUACGCCAGCAGCAGCAUUGAUCUCCUGGGAAACACUUUGGAAGAAAGAGCCUUAACCGAUCAAUGGCUGGAAGUGGAAGCUCAAAACUACAACCCUUUAGUAUACAAUCUGGUGCUUCAACUGAUGGUGCUGCCACGAAGUGGGGUCAGAACCGACAUGUCGGUGGUUCAGGAUUGCAAGACGAAGCUCGAAAAAGUGUUGGACGUGUACGAGCAGAGACUAUCGAAGAGCAAAUACCUGGCGGGAGAUUCAUUUACAAUUGCUGAUCUGAGUCACCUUCCCAAUACGAGGUUUUUGAUGAAUGAAGGUGGUUUGGGAAAUCUGGUGAAGGAGAGGAAGAGCGUGCAUUCUUGGUGGAUAGAUAUUUCAAGUCGUCCUGCUUGGAAGAAAGUCAUGGAGCUCAAUAAUUAA